UCUAGCUUUAAGGCAGCGGUGAUAAAAUGUCUUGAUUUUUAUAAUUUUGAUGAGUUUGAAUAGACCAUAGCAAAUUUUGUUGUUCUUGAUUAUUUAAUUUUUAAAUAACUAUAAUUAAUUUUGUUUCUGAUAAAUAUUUAUGAACAUUAUUUAAGUAAUCGUUUUAUUGUAACAUGAAAGGGUAGUUGACAAGGUCUAUUACAAAACAGUUGUAAUUUGUCUGACUCUGAGUUUUGAAGCAGUUUGUUUUUGUCGUAAAAUUCAUCUUCUCGAUGCUUUUCCCCGUUAAUGAAUUAGUGAUUAUUAAACUAAGGUGGCAAUGGUUCGAGAAUAAUGAAAAAAGGUGUAGCAACUUAAAUUAAACAAAGUCCAGUAUAAAAAUUAUUUUUCAGUAACUAGCCCAAUGUCAGGUCAAGAGGGUGUGAAAACUCCUCAUCGCAUUGAGCUCUGUGAAGAAAAAAAUCUUAAACCGAAAAGAACCUACAGAAAACGAAGAAUAGUGGCAGAAACACCCAGAAAGACUGAAAACGAAGAACAAACCUCUGAACCACCAAUCAAGAAAGAAAUUAAAUCAAAACCUUUGAAAACAAGUAAUGGUAUAAGUAAUAUGACUAAUGGAAAUAUAGUGAGGUCCAGAGCCGCCCGUGCAGCUGCCCGAUUAGCUGAAAGUCAUAAACUAACAGAAUACUUCAAAGAGGAGAUUAAAAGUCCUAAAAUAGAACAUGUUCCCUCUCCACCAAUUGAAAAAUUUAAAACAGAAAUAGAUGAAAAACCAAAAGCCACAGAAGCUAAGUCUGUUAUCAGUAAUCAUAAGCUAACUGAGUACUUCCCAGUGCGGCGGAGUGUUAGAAAGACUUCAAAAUGUGUUAUGGCUGAAAAGAUGAGGGACUUAGAGAGGGCUAUAAGAGAACAAAAAGAAGAUGGUUUAAAGAUCGCCUACUUCGAUGGUAAGGGACGUGGUGUGAUUGCAACCAAACCUUUUCACCGAGGCCAGUAUGUAGUGGAAUAUGUAGGAGAACUUGUUGGUGUUGCUGAAGCAAGGGAACGUGAAUACAUGUAUGCUCAGGAUCCAAAUGCUGGCUGCUACAUGUAUUAUUUUAGACUGCAAGAUCAACAGUAUUGUAUUGACGCUACACGUGAGUCAGGGCGUCUUGGUCGUCUAGUGAACCAUUCUCGUAACGGCAAUCUAUCAACCAAAGCUGUAUGGGUCGAUGGUCCUCGGCUCGUGUUGUUGGCCGCUCAAGACAUCUCUCCUGGAGAAGAACUGACUUAUGACUACGGCGAUCGUUCCAAAGAAUCGCUGCGUCACCAUCCAUGGCUUGCGCUUUGACCUGUAUUGCUUCAGGUGUCUCAAAUGAACUGCUAAGAAUAAUUUAUAAUUAAAUUUAGCUGUUAAGUUUGUUUGUUACAAUUAUAUAAGGUUUGAUAUAAUGUGGUGGGACAAGUGGCCUAGAAUAAUUUUGAUACGUGGAUAGGGUGGUUGGUUCAUGUAUAGCCUUAUGCCACUUUAACCGAUUGGAAUAUCUGAAAAUUUGAAAGAUUCAUAAAAUUACAACUUACGCUUUAUAAACCAUUGACUUUAUUAUCAUCAUUAUUAAAUAGUCAGAACCAGUGUGUACAAUUUUUCUUUUGCAAUGGUUUGGUUAAGUUCGUAUUUAAACACCCUUUUCUGUUCUGCAAACAAUUGACUUCAACAUCGGGACAUUAUAUUCAGAUAUUUAAAACCUUAACUAAUAUUCAGAUUAACAGUAAAGUGCUGAAUUAUAAAAAUCAUAUUUAAGUUUUAUUAAAUUUUUCCAAAAAUAGUUAAACUUGAAUAUAAAGAUCGGACAAACUUUAUUAAGUAUUUCCAAUGACAUCAGUAUUUGUAAUAUUUGUAAUGAAUAUCUACUUAAAGUGACAUAGAUAGUUUAGGCUAAUAUAUUUUAGACAAGUUAAAUAAUAUAUCCACUGCUACUAAGAUCUCUACUAGUACUGUACUAAGUAAUAUUGUGAGUUUUAUGAAAGAAACUAGAUUUGUAACUUGAUUCAAAAGUAAACCUGUAUUGUAAGUCUUAACUUAAAUUUUAUUAAAUUGUUUGUUUACAUGGUUUGAAUUGUAAAAAAACAUAUUUUAGGUAAAACAGUGAAUAGAUUGAUUAAUGAAAUCUUAUGGUUCAGUUAAUAUUGCUGUCAAAUCUGUGGGUCAUACAGGUUCUUAGGGAAACAUAAUUGUCAUUUUAAGGAACUCGAAUUAUGUAUGGACUGCCUUAGCUAAUGUUAAGGGAUGCAGAUAACUAGAAGUGUUGUUCAAAAUUAACUCAAAUUAAUUUAAAUUUAUAUUUCUCACUGCAAACGCUGUAAGGAAUGUGAGACAACGUAAAACACAGCAUGGAGAUAGUACUGUUCCUGCAUUAGCAUGGUUUGAAGACUAUUCGGUUGUUAUACUAGCUACAUAUUGAAAUUACAUACUCAUUUCUAAAAUUUAGUUCAAACAGCAAUUCGAAUAAGUAUCUAUAAAUUAGAAUAGUUAUUAAUUUUAUUUGAGGUAAAACCUAGGUCACCGAGAUUUUUGGGAUUAAAAUGUGAAUUGAUGAACAUGAUUAUGUAAAAUCCAACAGUUUUUAGAAAACAACGCAUAAAAGAGUAUGCUUGAUAAAUAUAAUAUUUAGUCUAUUAAAGAAUUUCUUUAGAAAUAUUCAAUGAUUUAUUUUUAGUAUUUACAACAACAAUUGUAUUACUUUUAUUAACUAUGAAUGGUAAUAUUACCAAGGAAUUAUAUUUUUUUUAUAAGAACAAGAAGAACUAAGAAUAACUUAACAAAUUAUAAUUGGCUUAACCGAAAAAUUAUGAGAAAUUGUUUUGAAAAGCGUUUGUGAUAUACGUUUGUGUAAAAUCUAUACUUUUUGGCGAUAAUGUUCCCACUUCCCAUAGUGUUCUAUAGAAUAUGUAGCCGUCCACAGACUAAAUAGUGGGAGUUUGACUAGCCCUUCACAUGUGUUUCCAUGUAUAUUGUUCACGUAAAACAUCUCUAAAUAUGAAAACUGUUUCAUUUUUGCGGAAUAUUUAAUGAUAGACAUUUUAACGUAAGAUCUACGAGGUUUAUUAAAAGUUUUGUUGGGUUUAGCCCGUACAAAAACUAAAUCAGGCUAAAGUUGUAUAAAUAGUAGUUUUUACACCAAGGUGUACGAGUUUGAAGUUUGCCAGACGUUAAAAUUUCUUUUUUGCUUUUUACUUAUCAUGUAUUUUCAAUCUUAUUAAAUUUUAUUAUUCCACUCUUAAACUUUUUUUAACGUUUGGCGUCCCUUAUAUAUAAGUUUUUAACACUAAUUAGUUCCUAAAUCGUUGUUAAAUUAAAUAAUAUAAAUGCUUAAAUUAUCUUACAUCAUAAAUAAUAAGUAUUCUGAUGUUUUCUCAAAUAGGCUAUUUAUAAGAGUAAUAUAUUUUAAAAUUAAUUGCAUUUUAUGAAAUCACGUAGGACGUUACAAUAGAUGUAGAUUUAGUUCGCUUAUUGUGUAUAUUGUAGGCGCACAUUAUAAAAAAGCGAUAUGUUGAAGUCUGUGUGAAAUGGAACUCCAUAUGUAACAGGAGUGGUUUAUCACAUACAAUAAUGUACAAAAUUUACUCAAAGGCAAAAAAUAUUUUGUCCAGCUUUUUUAUUGUAUUUCGAUAUGAUUUUGAGUUAAACCAAUUGUACGAUAUCACAAUAUGUCCUACUCUGGUACACCAAAUAUACAAAUUAAAUAUUUUUAUAAGAAUGAUUUUUUUAGUUAAGGCUAUUUAUGAUUUAUGUAUGUAGAAUUAAAUUACUGUGAAUAGUGAAUAUUCAAUGUGAAGGGCUAUUUUUAUGAAUAGCGAUUUUGUAAGACUUAAUAUAUGUGGGCUGAUGCACUGCCCUAAUUAUUGUAUAAUUAAUCAGUAGAAAAUUGAGUGAAAUAAACGAAUACAUAUUUA